AAGGCGACACAAACAUUUAUCCACAAGAACUGCAGCACACAUCAAAAACUUCACUAUCAGACUCUGCUUGGACCAUUGGACACAAGGGAGUGAAGUCGGAAUUCCAGGAGAAUUCUCUCUCUCUCUCUCUCUCUCUCUCUCUCUCUCUCUCUCUCUCUCUCUCUCUCUCUCUCUCUCUCCUCUCCCCCUCUCUCUCUCCCUUUCUCUCGCUCUCCGUCUCUCAACCCCCCCCUCCCCCCUCUCUCUCUUCUCUGUCACUUUCUAUCUCUGUUCCGGGUUACAAAUAAUUUCCCUAACAAUAAGUCUGUAUUAACUGUAGGAAAGCGACAAUGGAAGCCGUUCAUAAGCCUCUAACUUUCGAAGGACUUACCGAUCCAUGCAGAAAGCUGACACCCGACAAGGAUAUUUGCAACUCCGGGACACAAGAAGAAUCUAACUAUGCGGAUUUGAAUAAUUCACUCGGCAAGCAAGCAGAAGGCACAAAAACGGUAAAAGUUGCAUUUACCGGCGAAGGGAGUCAACUGGCCAUAUUUAAAUGCAAUAGUGACACCACUUCAGAUUCGGGAGACGGGAACCCCGGCGACCGUGAACGGAAUAGUAAUUUCGCUAAUCUCCCAAUCAUGGACUGCAAAUCCAUUAAUAAAGAAAGCUCAAGUAAUGUCCGAGCACAGAAGUGUGUCCCGGGCGAUCUCUCUGGCUCAUCUGAAAUCGCUUCUUCACCUGAGUUCUUGAAAGACAAUGACGAUUUCACAGACUGUCCCAAACACCAAAUUCACAAGCGGGAUAUUGACACAGGAGCCCAAACAGCAAUUGUACCCUGCAACUUCAGACCAAACGAUACUUCUUCUGACAGCGAGGAAUUGCAAUACACUGAUAUGUACCUGAGUAGGAAAAUGGAAACAGAUGCCGACGUAAGCAUGGAAUUAUCGGAUCAUUGCACACCCAGUACCAUGGAGGACGAGUCCCACUAUAUUACAACCCACGAAAUCCAGCUGUCAGAACUAGACCACGAUGCCGAUUAUGACAUUGGGUUGGGAUCCUGCUGUAACUUGGAAGACGACAACCUGGUCUACUCGUUUGUCGAUUAUGCUUCUUUUGACAGUGAUGAACCGAUAGAAGGAAGACUGGUACUAGAAGACAGAAAUUCAGCGAGAGUGAAAAGCAAUCAGGUUCGAUCUAAUUAUACAAACCGGCGCGGUACUAGCAGAGUAGCCGUCAGCAGUAAGCGUGAAAACGAUCUCUGUGACUCGGACAAAUGCGCCAGCUCAGAUGAAGGUCUGUCAAAGAACCAGAAAGGCAGAGGGAAUUCAGCAGGACAGAUUCACCUGUCAAUCAAAACUACUUCCAGAGCUAUAAAUGAGCCUAGCAACAUAGAAGAAAAGGAAAACAUUCGUUAUCAUGCCAGGCACGAGGGAGACAUGAGUCGCUAUGUUUUUAGAGACGCAAAAGCAGAGAAAAUCUGUGAUAGUGCGAAAUGUUUUAUCGCUGCCCCCGGUCGCCUGCACUUUGGCAGUAAAUUAAAGGGGAAAGAUGUUAACGAGUAUUCCAGUGGUGCGUCCAGCGCUGUAAGUGAAUUGGACGAUGCUGAUAAGGAAGUUCGCAAUUUAACUGCCAGGGCGUUCAGAAGUUUAGCCUACCCGUACUUUGACGCCAUUAAUUUCAGUACCUCCAGCGAGUCUUCUGCGUCAGAGCGCGGGCUGGGGAUCAACAGGUGGUCCACGUUUGUUGACCUCAAAUAUGGAAACAUGACACAGAGAAGAGAUAAAAAUCUAGUAUCCCAUAAAAGUUCUACAUCAACUUUUGAAAUCGCAAAGAAUGCAGAGGGCAAAGGGAUUAAGGGGUUGACUUUAGCUAAUAUAAAAGCGCCCCAGACUCAGAUCUUUGCACUAAAUGGCAACUUGUCAGAUGCCAAAAACGCAUCAUCUUCAACUAAGAAGAUAGAACUCAUGGGGAAAUUUGGGCAAGGGCAGGGUGGGAUGAUAACGUUAACGGAAACGUUAAAUUUUCGCUGCAAUGUUAAAGCUGGGGUCCCUGGAAGCGAUAGACGUGCAAAAUUUGCGCAAAACGCUGCAGGAUCACGUUCCACAGAUGAAGUUACCAACAUCUUGCCAAGCGAGUCGGGGAAUGAGGCCAGCGAGCAACCCUGUAAUCCAGGGGAAACCAUGGAAGACACACACAAGAAAGCAAUAUUCGCAUCGAGCCUUCUUAAAAAUGUCAUUUCCAAGAAAAUUCAGUUUGAACAAGAGCGGAAAAUGGAGCGAGGGGAAAUCAGUGAAUCCUCUGUUCUGUCUCCAUGCCUUUCAUACAAAGAGCAGGAUACGCACAAGGAGAAAGUUACAUUGGGAGACUCAAAGGGGUUACAAAGGCAAACCUCUAAGUACUCAGAGGCGGGUUCUGACCUAACUAUUGUUUGUUUGGAUGAACUGGGGGACAUAGUGGACACUAAUUCGAGUUCUCACAAGGACGAAAGUCCAAGAGAAGACAUUUUAACUCUUGCAACAGAAACUAAUUUAGAGUCAACAAAUGAAGCAGGAAUCGAUACUAAAAAAGGAGCAUUCGAAGCGUCUAAAAGCACACUGCUUCGUAGCCAAAAUAGCGCAUUCAGAUCCUGGAGGGACGGUGAGCUAGAGUUUCAAAAGGAACAUAAAAACGAUAAAACUCCAGUGGGGAAACCGCCUGCGUUCACCGACAAGCUUGUGGAAACGGACAUAGACGACGAAGUUGCCAACAAGUUAACAAAAAUGACGCAUCUUUUCGUGCCGAGUAUCCAAGUUCUGUCUGAGGAGAGUGAACUUGGAAAGCCGUUGGCGAAUAUUAAUUAUCCAACUCGCGCACCCACGGAUCACGGGGACGGAGGCGUUGGGAAAUUGCGUUCUGAUAAAACUCUUUACGUUGCGGAUGCUACUAGACGUGUUGUAACAUCGAAGUCACCUGAAAUCAAAAUAAGCUUGCGGUGUGUAAAAGAAAACAAAGGCGACCCGUUCAACAUUGCUAAGCUUCUAACUCCGAAUAUAGGUUGCAAUGUAGCCAACCUGAUAAAGACAGCUGAUGACUCUAAAUGUCAAGCGCUCGUUGCACCAUUAAAGGGAGAGUCCUCGGAAAAAGUGCCGCACUUCAUGGUCAGAGACAUAAGGGAAAACAAGUCCAAGCUACAAACACCGAUUCACCAGGUCAGAGAUGUGAGAAAAUUGGUAAAAAGCUCGUAUCACUUUGUUUCUUUGGAUAAUAACGAGAACCAGGCUACUGCUUUUGCUGACCUUCAUUCUGAACUCAAGGCUUCUAAAACAGGGCCUUACCGAAACCCCGCAUCGCUUUCACCUAUAGUUAUAAAGUGUCAGUCUGUGAAUACAAAUAGCAAUGUGAAGCAAUCUGGAAAUUUAAUCGAGGUUUCACACCACAGACUUGCCGAGGAUAUACUGGAGGCUGACAGGUCAUCUCCUCAAACACCUGUAGAGGGCGCCAGAAACGGAAUCACGCCGACACACCGACCCGCAGGCAGAGCUCCAAUAGUCACUGUAAGACAACCUAAGAGUGACCCAUGUGAAGCGACUGUUGGGGUGAAAAUUGAAACUGGAGCGGCUAAAAGAAAGCAAGACAUCAGUGACAGGAAACCUGAGUCAAAAAUGGCGAACCAGGCUGCACUGGAGAAGCUGAAGGCUGCAGUUAAAACGAUGGAGCAGCUUUAUGUGUUUGAUAGGAACGAAUGGAAGCGCAAAACAGAGCCGCGGCCAAUUACAGACAGUCACGUGCUAUCACUUAUUGCCAGAGAGGAGCACGACAGUUCAGGUAAAGAUGAAUUUGAGGAAGAACUGGCGAAUAUAACCAGCUCUUUAUCAGCGGGUAACUUGGAGAGACUUGUGAGGAGGGACUCCUAUCCUAACUCAUACAAAUCAACACCUCCAUUGACAGCGGCAUCAAUGUCAGAAAUAUUACCCAAAAAAGAGGAAAAAGAUUGUGCAAAAAUACUCCAAAUUCCCUGUGGCCAGGAGGAAAAGGACAGCGCAAAAUCACACUAUCUUCAAAGCGGAGCUUUCAGCAACAAAAAUGCAGCCACUUUCAUACAAAGCCAGAAGUCGUCCACAAUCAGCAGCACCAGUUUGAAAGCUUCCCAAACUUAUGCCUCCUCACAAGCACCUUUCAGCACAAAAAGCUUUGCUCCAAAAUCUCCCAAACUCCCAGUGUCAUUAAAGAUAUCCCACCCUAAGCGGAUAUUUGAGGAUAGUGAGAGGCCCAAUGGCACAGAGGCCGAGAAGCCUUUCCUACCGUUCAGCGUGUCCGCUGCUGCAGACUCCGAGAAUUACCUGACCAUCCCUGUCAAAGCCCACGCGAUGGAAGCCAAACCGGCGGCCUCCUCCAGCCGAGAGCAGACGUCAGUGUACACCUUCACAGCCACCAGCGGCAAACCUCAAACACCCGGCUCGGCCCCUCACCCCAGCCAAGGGGAUGCGAGGAGGCAGGAAGACAACAAGCAGUCUCCGAAGAGAUCCUCCAUCAUCAUGGAGACAAGAUCCCCAGAUAGUCCCACUGCUACCAUCUACCAUCACCCGGUGCAGAUGGCCAUGCCAAGCAGCCAGCCGCAGGUGAUCUGUUUCUCCUCCUCGGUUCCCCAGCAGCAGGUGGUGGACCCCUUCCAGCAGAUGCAAAGGAAGAUGCUGCUGGACCCAACCACUGGACACUACUACCUGGUGGACACCCCUGUCCCGCCGGCCACCAAGCGGCUCUUUGACCCGGAGACCGGACAGUACGUGGACGUGCCGAUGCCCCAGCAGCCCAUGGCUCCGGUGCCCAUGCCCAUCACGCCCCUCGCCCUGAACCCCGCCGCCUACGCCCCCACGUACAUGAUAUACCCCGGCUUUCUGCCCACCCCGACAGUACUGCCCGCCAGGACACUGCAGUCCCAGAUGUCCGUGCACUCUGAGGGGGACAGCGGGGACAAGGCCCCCCACAUGAUGGGGGCGCAGGGGGAGGUGACCUACAUGGAGAGCCCCUACUACAUCCCCACAGGGAAGUCCCCGCAGACGACCCCCGUGUCCCAACACAUCACCACCAGAGAUGGCAAGCCUGUCAUCAGCAUCACUUCACAGCAAGGCCCACGGAUCAUUGCCCCUCCCUCCUUUGAUGGAACUACUAUGAGUUUUGUUGUGGAGCACAGGUAAACUGCAGGCAUCUUUACAUGGGCAUCUUCUGAAGCUUUUUCCCCACAAUUCGCUUGAUGCUGAGUUUUUAUGGGUCCUUUCUGGGAUCACUGCAUCUGCCAGAAGCCCAUGGCUCAUGGUCAUCUGCCCCACCUGGAACAUCAUCCCCCCCAACCCCCUCUUAGCACACGAGCCUCCUGUUUUGUUGCUUAUUGCCUAUUUCGCAGAAUGGAUCUUUGAAGAUCUGCACAUGCAAGCUGUGGGUUUUAUUUUCUGUGUAAAUAUCUGCAUAUAUCAGUAUAUAAGCUGAUCUCUUUUUAACACAAGUGAAAAGAUACAACAAGCACUGCUGCUAUAAACUUGUCUAUAGACAGCAAUUAUCUCUUAGCAAAAAUCGGAAUCUCAUUCAUUUCUAUCAGCAAAAGCUAUUUAUCAUCAAUUAUUUAUCAUCCAGCAUUAUCAGGAGGUGCAAUAUCUGCAUUGAAUCACGACGGUUUAUCAAUCAAAUGACUUAUUCUUAUUGUAAAAGUGCAUUAAAACCUGGUUUAACCUGGCCAUUUGACACCCUGCAUUAGUGGCUGCCACUGUUGUGGUCCUAUCACAUGUACUGCUUUGAUCCAGUUAAAGACACAAAGUUGAUGAAAUCAUAUUGUACUGCAUGUUUAAAAUAAACCUUAGGAUUGUGAAUUUGGAGAAGGGGGUGCUGACUGUCAUUGUCCAGUUGGGCUUAGCAUAGGCUUACCAGUUACACUGACAGUUACCCUGCCAGGAUAACGCCUUCUCACUGUGCCUGGGGUUAAGUCCAGCCACAGAUUCACUCCCCUCCCUCUGCCCAAAAACGGCACUACUGAACUGCUUACUCACAUAGCGCUGCUCACAGACUGAGUUUAAUUACAGUACGUAGCGUGGUACUGUAUACUGUGUAUUUAUAUAUGUGAUUGUGACAAUAACCUGGUACUACGAUGCCGUGUUUCUCCGUAUAGCUGGUGCUUCCCGAGGCCUAUGGUCCAGAUGCUGGGCAGCAUUGGGUCAGUGGAGCCAGCUGCAGUGGGGACUCUUUAGGGGACAGCCUCCUCUAUGUGUCCCAGCGAGCCCUUUGCCCCCUGUGUAACGGGGCAAAAUAGCCAUCGAGUGUGUGUGAGCGUGUCUGUGAGGUUGGCUGGUUUUAAGCCAUGCUGAUUUAAACAACUUGUUGGUGCCAUUUUUCGGUUGAGUGGUGAAAGAGCCAAGUCUGGUGGUGAGCUUGAACUGAAGUAUAAAGAGAUGAAGUCAAACCAGGGUAACUGGCAGUGAUGCGGUGGCUCGGAUGCCAGUUGACACAAACCUACAUUCAGCGGAAUGAUGUCUGGUGUUCAAAUAUCGUCAUGCACUAAUUCUCCCUCCCUACAGUGGUGAUUCACACCUUCUUAAUGCACUCCCAGAAGAAUAAGCUCAAAUCCGACUGGCCUGCCAUGCUAUUACACCGUCCUCUGUCAAAUAAACUGCUUAUUUGGUCAGUGUCUGAGAGACUGCACAUCAUUUAUGCCAUCAUAAGGUAUGCUUGACCACAAUGUGAUUGGCGGCAGUGAUGAGGCAAAACCUGCUUUUUUAAACCGUAUGACAUAAAUAAUAAACUGUAAAAGGUGACAAUCUUUGUACUGCCCUCUGCUUUAUUAGAGCAAAACAAAUAAAACAUUUUGUGAAGGAAAACAUAUUUUUUUUACAUUAUAUAACAAUGCUAAUUUGGACUAAAGCCAAUAGGAGGAUAUAAAAUACAUUUUUAUUGUCUGUCCUUUGUUGUCCUGCAUACCUUUUCAAAUUUAUGUUGGGACUCCAUUACAAGCAGCGGUGCUUUUUGUAGAUUUCCUUUAGAACCUCAAUCAAUCCAUAUACUCCUUGUGCCUGAGUGUGCAUACCUUAGUUUGCUGUUUUUUAUUUGAUGACACAACAGUAACCCUGGAUAUUGGAGCUGCAGGACAGUCCAUAUAUUGUUUUCUGUUUUGUUUUAAGUUGUGUCUGGAUUAAAAAUGUCAAUGUGACACGAUGUACAGCUUUGUUUUACGGUAUUUUUUUUAAAAGGGGUGCUUGGUGAGCAAAUUCUGUAGCACAACAUGUGGGUUUGCACAAGAACUUCUCAGGUUUGUCUACGACUGUUAUACUUGAAAAAACUUAAGACGUUUGAUGAGGCUAUGACAAACUGGGCGGAGUUUAUCAUUGUUCCUUUUUAAACUUCCCGACAGCAUAUGGUUUAACAUGAGGAAGAUAUACAACUAUAUGCACUAUAACAAUGAUGGCAGUGAGCAAACAAAUUUAGUCCAAAACAUUUUAUCUUUUUAAGAAAUGACAUCAUGCCUGAAAUGAUGGCAUAUAUGAAGAGUGCCUUCAAUAUGCUACAGUGUUUUAAUAUUCUUUUUUAUGUAUGAGCUCCUGCAGUGUCUGGAUUGAAGCAGAAAGGAACGCUGAUACACUGGCCCAUGCACUCACUGUGUGAAGCCUGGUAUGGGUGAAUGUCAAGCUAUGGAAGUUUUGUUCUCAAGCACAAUGCCAGUUGGUUUGAUUGUUCUCUUCUGCAUACCACUAUUGUAAAGUGUGGUUAUUUGCAUUACUGUCACCUUUCUGUCAGCUUUGACCAGUCAUUGUAAAAUGUUUGUAAAAAAAACAAAAAAAAAACAUAUUUAUGCAAUAAUUAAGUUAUGCUUAAGAUCAUGGUCUGGCCAACAGGCCAGGGAUAUAUUUAAGUUGUGGAGGGAAUAAGCUGAAAUGGUCAUCCACAGUGGCACCUGGUGGAUUUGCGCAACAUCAGUGCAACAGUGUCUCGAUGUUUCUUAUAUAAUACAGGCUGGAGUAAGUACACUCCUGGGUCACAUUAGUAGUGUGUUACACGAAGCCAAACAGAAACAAAACUUGAUAAAAAAAAAAAAAAGGCUAAUCAUGUUGCCAAGGCUUAUUUGCUGCAAGCCUGGUGAGCAUGGUUAAAAUUAAUUUUUAACUGUGGCAGUUUUUUUUUUUUCUUAGCCAAAAACUCCCACACAACAGCAAUCGGAAACAGAGGUAAUCUUCCAAAUAGGAGAAUCAGCCAUAAUGGUUGCACCUUCCAGUUCUUACAGUACACUUGCUUUGGAAAGCUUGGGCGUUGUUUAACAGAUUUGUGAUUGGGAGGAGAUAGUAUGUAUGAAGAGAGGGUGAGAGAGAAGUCCGUGAGGGGCUGAAGGAAGGGCGCAUUGCAGGAAGACUGGGAACAGGGGGAAUCAGGGAAAGAGGUGGAUGCGUUCGACUGUGAUGGGAGAACUGCACCAGAAGGGGGGCGUAACAGGUGAAUAGGUGAAAGGAAAAAACAGAAGUACUAUGUAAACAUGGUGGACUGCUGGCUUUGUGAAUAUAUGGGUGAAUGCAAUGUACAAUGUGAAAGAUGUCCAAUAAAUUAUGUAUAUUUCCAGUA